GGGAGAUUCUUUUCUCAGUCUCUCUACGGAACUCCAUCAUGGGGGAAUAGGGCCUGUGUUUAUAUAGGACAAUUGCGUCCAUAUCAGAGCUCAUAUAGUAUCUGUCUCCGUGACUACUCGACACUCAGACUGAAUCUCUCUCUAUCCUUGAAUACUCAUCUCAAUCCUCUUCUCCGUCUUUCAAUUCCCCGCUUCUAGCCGGUCCCUGCAUGUGCUCGGCCUCGCCAUAAAUUCCGCCCCUACUAAUACUAAUACAAAGACCCUUGGCCUCGCUUCCGACAGACGGACAGUUCUUCAAGCUGGCUUCCUCAACCUCCAGGCCUUCUUCUGCCCUUUCCACUCCUUCCUGUUCUCUUUCUUCUAUUUCAUCCUCCUCCUCCUCCACCGCCGACGACGACGACGACAACAACAACAACAAGAUGCCUUCCCUGACCUCCUCAGCUGCUCGCGCAGCCACCCGCGCCACCAGCGCCUCUUCUACCUCCGCUGCCCGUCUGUCCCAGAUGCGCAGCCAUUUCAGCACAAUCUCGCCAGCCCGCCAGAGCGUCCAGGACGCAUACAUUCUCUCCGCCGCACGAACGCCCACGGCCAAAUUCAACGGCGCCUUCCUGACCGUCUCCGCGCCUCAACUCGGCGCCGCGGCCAUCAAGUCCGCCAUUGAAAAGUCCCGCAUCCCCACUGAGAAGAUCACAGACGUUUACAUGGGCAACGUGCUCAGCGCAGGCAUGGGCCAGGCCCCGGCCCGUCAGGCCACCAUUUUCGCGGGCCUGUCUCCGACCGUCGAGGCCGUGACGGUCAACAAAGUCUGUGCUUCGGGGCUCAAGGCCGUCGUCCUCGCCGCACAGAACAUCCAGCUCGGCCUCGCCGAGGCCCAAGUUGCAGGCGGCAUGGAGAGCAUGUCGCGCGUGCCGUACUACCUGUCGCGUGCUGCACAACAGCCUCCGUUCGGCCACGUGAGCAUGAAGGACGGCUUGAUCGAGGACGGGCUGUGGGACGUGUACAACCAGUUCCACAUGGGCAACUGUGCGGAGAACACGGCGAAGAAGUACAACGUCUCGAGGCAGGCGCAGGACGAGUAUGCGAUCCGCAGCUUCGAGCGCGCACAGGCGGCCUGGAAAGAGGGCAAGUUCGACGACGAGAUCGUGCCUGUCACAGUGAAGUCCAAGAAGGGGGAUACCGUUGUCAAGGAGGACGAGGGCUAUAAUAACCUCAGGAAAGAUAAGGUCGGCACACUGAAGCCGGCGUUCGUGAAGGAAGGCGGUUCGGUGACGGCGGCCAACAGCAGCACGUUCAAUGACGGGGCGAGCGCUUUGGUUCUGGCGAACAAGGAGCUCGCCAUGCAAUACGGUAAGGAGAGCAGGGUCCUCGCGAGGAUCGUGAGCAGCGCCGACGCGGCCAUUGAUCCGGUCGAUUUCCCCGUGGCUCCGGCGAAGGCUGUGCCGAUUGCGCUGGAAAGGGCCGGGCUGAAGAAAGAGGACAUCGCGAUUUGGGAGUUCAAUGAGGCCUUUGCGGCCGUCAUCAAAGCCAAUGAACAGAUUCUCGGCCUCGAAAACGCAAAGGUCAAUCUGCUCGGCGGUGCCAUCUCCUUGGGCCAUGCUCUGGGCAGUUCUGGCUCACGGAUCUUGACGACUUUGUUGCAUCAGUUGAAGCCGGGCGAGUAUGGCGUUGCAGCCAUUUGCAAUGGCGGCGGUGCGGCUACGGCGAUGGUCGUGCAAAGGAUCGCGAGUGUCGAGUAAAGCUAUCCAAGGUCGGAGGUCGGCCAAAUCAACCACAUGUGCCAACAGAGAGAGGCAAGUGAAACGAAUAACCAAAAAUGAAUGUCUGGAGGGUCAAAAGGACGGUGAAGAAGGCGGAAGAAGUGGCGGAUGCUUGUCUAUGAAAAGCAGGCCCUGCGGAGGUCGUCUGCGAUGAGGAACAGCAAGAGGAGUGAACUCACUAGGCGGGGAAUGGGAGACGUGGGAGCAUAGCGACGGCGUUGUAUGAAUAUCUCGAACAGCAAAGCUCCACAUUUUGAGAGAAUCGACUGUACGGCUCUCACAUUCGGGCCUGCUUUAUGAAAACAACAAUGGCAGUACUGCAUCAAGACGAAGCCAAAGACUCUUCUCGUACCGGUAUUUUAGGGAAUAUUAUUCUCCAUUGGGCUAUGUGUGAUGAGGUAUCUACUAUGCAUCGUCAAAUCUGUCUUCCACAUUGAAAGCCUCCUCUCC